AUGUACGAGUCCUUCAGACCGGAGUGGUACGCCCUGAAAGACAAGUCACAGCCAGGAAAGUGAGUUGUUCAUGAUUUCAUCAUAGGAUGAUAGUCCAGUUUCACAAUUCUGUUUAAAUAGGUGAUGAGGAAAGCACAGCAUUGGGUGGAAAAUCUCACCUAAUAUUUACACCUGGAUUAUUAUUUUGCGUUAUCUAUACAUUAAAAUGAAUGUCACUUCUCCCAGUGUAGAAAUGACCAUGAUUUGUACUGUAUGUUUGUCAGGAGCCCCUCCAUUAUGGGCAUACUAGUGGUUGAUCGCCUGUUCUUUGGGGAAAUUGGUGCUCUCGAUGGUGGUAUGAAGAUCUAUGGAGGUGAAAAUGUUGAACUGGGCAUCCGGGUAAGCCCGUCUGCUACAGUUGCUAAAUGAAUGUUUGAAAUCAAAGCAGACUUGUGUUUGCAGAAUUAUUUUAUGUUCUUGAUUCAUUCAGUUUGAACAAACCAAUCUAUAUCCAACAUCUAGACACUUCAGUCUAUAUCUAAAAAUUAUUCCUUCUCUCUUGGUGUUUGGUUUUCCUAGGUGUGGCUGUGUGGUGGAAGUGUUGAGGUCAUACCUUGUUCUAAAAUAGCCCACAUCGAGAGGGCCCAUAAACCCUAUCUCCCCGAUCUGAGCAUUACAAUGAAGAGGAAUGCUCUGAGAGUGGCUGAGGUCUGGAUGGAUGAAUACAAACAGAAUGUCAACAUCGCCUGGAACCUCCCACUGAAGGUACUGUACAGAACAAACCAUUCAAAAAGUAGGUUUUGUUCAGCUGCUCCUAUAGAAUAACAAUAAUCGCUGUUAUGCAUGCUUUGUGUUUGAAAAGAAGUAGACUAGACAGUAAAUAUUAUGAAAACUGUUUAUUACUCAAUGCCAUAAUAAAGAUCAUAGGAUCUAUAUGAAAUGAUGGAGGUAAACAAAAAUGGAUAAUAGGUGGAUUGUUCACAUGGCCUGUGUUUCUGAUUUAGAAAUCUUCCUCUUUCUCACCACAGGACCAUGGCAUAGACAUUGGGGAUGUUUCAGAGAGGAAGAAGUUGAGAAAGAGGCUGAACUGCAAGCCCUUCCAGUGGUAUCUGGACAACGUGUAUCCCAUGUUAGACCCCUGGGUGACUUGCUUGGUUAUGGAGCUGUGAGUGAGGCUGAAACAUUUAUCAUUGUUCUGGAAUUAUUUCCUCACCAACUGUUUGUUGGCAUGCAUGGCAUCCUUCUUUCAAUAGGAUGCAGGGCCACCCAACUAGAAUCGCCAGGUCGCAGUUGUAAAUGAGAACUUGUUCUCAACUGGCUUACCUGGUUAAAUAAAGGUGAAAAAAAAUAAUAAGAAGAAAUCCAACUCAUUAUCAGGAUAGGAAUCUGCACUUUUAUAAUGUUAGGCCUACUGCUGCUAGGUAGCUCUCUCUCUGCUCUCUCCCUCCCCUCUGUCUGUCCUUGAUUGCAGGAGUGAAGUCUGGUGUGCGGGAGUCAGGGUUCCAGCUGCAGCUCAUUCACCAUAAUCACCUCAGCCUUUAAGACCCGGUCAAACUUACCACUCAUCGUCAGAUCAUAGUCAAGACAACCAUGUUAGUCUCGCUGCCGACUCAACCUGUCUGUUUUCGCUCUUGUGUUUUUUGGCCUGUCUAUUUACUUUUUCUCCUGUGCCACAGAUAUUUGGAACCUGACUCCUGCCUCCGCUUCACUCCUGCCACCACCAUCCUGUUCUCCACUAUCGGACCUCUCCUUUGGACUCACCACGGACACUAGGACAUUACGGUACCACACCUGCCCUGACCUGGAUCUGUUACCCUCCCUGUAACCUGGACUUGCUCUUCCCCAUUUAUUGGAAACCUGGACUAUUGAACAUUAUAAUAAACCUGUUAAAACGUCUCUGGCUUGGUGUACUUGUCUGCAUUUGGGUUCUAUCCAGUUAAGUCAUAACAGUAUGAUCUGACCAACAUGAACCCAGCAGACAGUAGCUCGGAUACCACCCCAGAGUGCACUCAAAUUUGGACUGCCAUAGCCAAUCAGGGCAUUUUACUUGGCCAACAUGAUACCCUGUUUAAGACGAUUGCUGAGGACAGUCAGGUGCUGCUUAAUCAGGUUCAAUUACUCUCCAAUCAAGUGUCUGCCCUUACUACCCCUUCAGCCCAGAUCAGAGAGCCUUUUGUUCCUGCUCCAGAGCGCUAUGACGGGAACAUGGGAACCUGUGGCGAUUUUUUGACUCAAUGCUCGCUAGUGUUUGAACAACAGCCCCUCACCUACGCCUCAGAAAGAGCCCGUAUUGCCUACCUUAUCAACUCUACUAGCGGUUCCGCUCGUGCCUGGGGAUCCGCGGUAUGGGAGAGUCAGUCGGACAUUUGCAACGCUUACGUUGCCUUCACCACGGAGAUGAGGAAGGUUUUUGACCACCCAGUACGAGGCAAGGAGGCUGCGAAACGGUUGUUUUCUCUUCGGCAGGGGGCUCGUGGUGUGGCGGAGAUGGCAGUGGAGUUUCGGACUUUAGCAGCAGUGAGUGGUUGGAAUGACGAGGCACUACAAGGAGUGUUCAUCAAUGCUUUGUCUGAGACUUUAAAAGAUGAAUUGGUGUCAUAUGAUGAAUCGCCUACGCUGGAUAAUCUUAUUUCACUCACUAUCAGGUUGGAUAAUCGGAUUCGGGAGCGCCGCCGGGAGAGGAGUGUUAGUUCCAAGCAACCUGUCUGUCAUCAACAAACUCCUCCCUGCAUCGUCCCUACGGAGAAAGCCGGGUCUUCCCGAGUCGAUACGAGGAGCACUGAACCCGAAGCCAUGGAGGUGGGUCGUGCACGGUUGUCCUCAGAGGAGCGUGCACGUCGUAUUCAGGCUCGGGUCUGCCUGUAUUGUGGAGAAGCUGGUCAUUUCGUUCCUUCCUGCCCAGUUCGUCCGGGAAAAGGGCCGGCUCAUCAUUAAUGGGAGAAGUUUUGGUGAGCCGAGCAGCGGAUUCUUCCUCUUCUCCCCGCAUUCUGCUCCAGGCAUCCCUCCAGUGGCAGUCCCAGAAUUUCUCUGUUAGUGCGCUGAUUGACUCUGGUGCCGACGAAAGCUUUUUGGAUAGAGAGUGGGCUCAACAAAUGGAUUUGGAGACUGUUCCUAUGGACUGUCCGCUGCAGGCUAAGGGUCUAAAUGGACAAUUGUUGACCCGUAUUACCCAUCAGACUGUUCCUGUUUGUCUUAGAGUGUCGGGAAAUCAUCAGGAGAACAUUCAAUUCCAUAUUAUCGACUGCCCACAGACUCCCCUGGUCCUUGGUAUCCCCUGGCUCAUAAGACACAAUCCACACAUUGAUUGGGUGACAGGUAGCAUUGUUUCAUGGAGCACAUUUUGUCAUGUGAAUUGUUUGUGUUCUGCUCAGACUCCUGCCAGUACUGUGCCUCAACCUCCACUGGAGUCCAUGGAUCUUUCUGUUGUUCCUGACGUGUAUCAUGACCUGGCAUCCGUUUUCUGCAAACACAGAGCUACUUCUCUUCCUCCUCACCGGCCUUACGACUGCGCCAUUGACCUCCAGCCAGGAGCCCCGCUCCCCAGCAGUCGCCUGUACAAUCUCUCCCGCCCGGAGACGGAGGCUAUGGAGAACUACAUUCGGGACUCCUUGGGGGCAGGUAUUAUUCGUCCUUCCUCGUCACCUGUAGGAGCGGGAUUCUUUUUUGUUGCUAAAAAGGAUAAGACCCUCAGACCCUGUAUUGAUUACCGUGGACUUAACAACAUCACCAUUAAGAACAAGUAUUCUCUGCCUUUGAUUAAUUCUGCUUUUCCCCUCCUUCAUGGUGCUACCAUUUUUACGAAACUGGAUUUACGAAAUGCGUAUCACCUGGUGCGCAUUCGUAAAGGGGAUGAAUGGAAGACUGCCUUCAACACACCCUUGGGACAUUUUGAGUAUCUGGUUAUGCCUUUUGGGUUGUCCAAUGCCCCUGCUGUUUUUCAGGCACUAGUCAAUGAUGUCCUUCGGGACAUGUUGAAUCGGUUUGUUUUUGUCUAUCUGGAUGAUAUCUUAAUUUUCUCAGAGUCCUCCCAGGAACAUGAACUGCAUGUGCGCCAGGUGUUGCAAAGGUUGUUGGAGAACAAACUGUUUGUGAAGAUGGAGAAAUGUGAAUUUCAUGUGUCUGAGACCUCUUUUUUGGGUUACAUCAUAGCUCAGGGGGAGUUGCGGAUGGACCCAGCUAAGAUCUCUGCUGUCACGGACUGGCCAGCCCCCUCCACCCGCAAACAACUUCAACGAUUCCUGGGGUUUGCGAACUUCUAUAGGAGGUUCAUCAAGGACUACAGCCGCAUUGCGGCGCCACUCACCGCUCUCACCUCCAUCUCACGACCGUUCGCUUGGAAUGAAGGGGCCGAAUCAGCGUUCGAAGAACUGAAACAUCGCUUCGCCUCGGCUCCCAUUCUGAUGCAGCCGGACCCCGACCGCCAGUUUGUCGUGGAGGUGGAUGCAUCCGACACUGGGGUAGGUGCGGUGUUGUCACAACGUUCACCUGAAGAUAAUAAACUGCAUCCCUGUGCUUUUCUCUCAAGGAAACUUUCUCAGGCAGAGAGGAAUUAUGAUGUUGGCAAUCGUGAACUGCUCGCCGUUAAGUUGGCUCUCGAGGAGUGGCGACAUUGGUUGGAGGGGGCGGAACAACCCUUCAUUGUUUGGACGGAUCAUAAGAAUCUGGCUUACCUCCAGUCAGCGAAGCAGCUCAACCCCCGUCAAGCCAGGUGGGCACUAUUUUUUGGGAGAUUCAAUUUUUCUCUGUCUUACCGUCCUGGGUCACGCAACGUCAAGCCUGACGCCCUGUCUCGUGUUCAUUCGGCUGUUGAUACUGGUAGUAACCCUGAACCCAUUUUGCCUCCUACCUGCAGUAUUGCGGCCAUCACAUGUGACAUCGAGGGGAUUGUUAGACAGGCUCAACAUCAUCAAGCUGACCCUGGGAGGGGUCCUCCUAACCGGAUGUUUGUCCCUGAGUCUGCUCGCUCCCAGGUACUUCAGUGGGCUCACUCGUCUCCCCUUACCUGUCACCCUGGAGUUUCGCGGACCCUUGACUUUGUGCGACGGAAGUUCUGGUGGGCCACGAUGGAGGCGGACACUCGAGCCUUCAUUGCUGCUUGUACGGUAUGUGCACGAAGUAAGAACUCCACCCAGGCCAGCGCUGGUCAUCUACGACCUCUACCUAUACCCAGCCGGCCCUGGUCGCACAUCGCUAUGGAUUUUGUCACUGGACUUCCCCCUUCGUCUGGAAAGACUGUCAUUCUUACGGUGAUUGAUCGUUUUUCUAAGUUCGCUCAUUUUUUGGCCCUACCUAAACUGCCCACUGCCAGAGAGACGGCUGAUAUUUUGGUUGAACAUGUGUUCCGCUCUCAUGGUCUACCCACGGAUAUUGUCUCUGACAGGGGUCCCCAGUUUGUCUCCCAGGUGUGGAAAGCUUUCUGUAAAGCUUUGGGCAUCACAUCCAGCCUGUCCUCUGGAUAUCACCCCCAGACCAACGGGCAAGCCGAGAGAGCGAACCAGGAGAUGGAGACCGCUCUCCGCUGUGUCACAGGGUCUAACCCUGGGUCAUGGAGCACCAUGCUUCCCUGGGUGGAAUAUGCUCAUAACACCUUGACUAACGCUUCCUCUGGUUUGUCUCCUUUUCUGUGUGCUCUGGGUUAUCAACCUCCCCUGUUCCCUUCUCAAGAGAGGAAACUGGCAGUACCCUCGGUGCAGUCCCACAUGCGACGCUGCUUCAAGGUCUGGAGGAAGGCCAGGGUAGCUCUGUCCCGAGCUUCGGCGUACAUGCAGAGGCAAGCCAACCGUCACCGGUCCCAGGCUCCCGGUUACUCUCCUGGUCAAGAGGUAUGGCUUAAGUCACGUGACCUUCCAUUGAGGGUGGAGUCUAAGAAGAUGGCGCCUCGUUUUAUAGGACCGUUCAAGAUACUGUCUAUUGUUAACCCCUGCGCGGUUAAGCUACAGCUUCCUGCCUCCCUACGGGUUCAUCCCACCUUUCAUGUUUCCCAGAUUAAGCCUGUGUCGGUUAGCCCUCUGUGCCCGCCCUCUCGUCCCCCUCCUCCGCCCAGGAUCGUGGGUGGGGGUCCGGUCUACACUGUCCGGCGACUUCUGGAUGUUCGCCGCCGGGGUCGUGGUUUCCAGUACCUGGUGGAUUGGGAGGGUUACGGUCCUGAGGAACGUUCCUGGGUGCCCAGGAGCUUCAUUGUGGAUCCUGCUCUGGUCCGAGAGUUUCAUAGGUUACAUCCCGAUAAACCCCGUCGGCCGCCAGGUGGCGUCCGUAGAGGGGGGGGUACUGUUAGGCCUACUGCUGCUAGGUAGCUCUCUCUCUGCUCUCUCCCUCCCCUCUGUCUGUCCUUGAUUGCAGGAGUGAAGUCUGGUGUGCGGGAGUCAGGGUUCCAGCUGCAGCUCAUUCACCAUAAUCACCUCAGCCUUUAAGACCCGGUCAAACUUACCACUCAUCGUCAGAUCAUAGUCAAGACAACCAUGUUAGUCUCGCUGCCGACUCAACCUGUCUGUUUUCGCUCUUGUGUUUUUUGGCCUGUCUAUUUACUUUUUCUCCUGUGCCACAGAUAUUUGGAACCUGACUCCUGCCUCUGCUUCACUCCUGCCACCACCAUCCUGUUCUCCACUAUCGGACCUCUCCUUUGGACUCACCACGGACACUAGGACAUUACGGUACCACACCUGCCCUGACCUGGAUCUGUUACCCUCCCUGUAACCUGGACUUGCUCUUCCCCAUUUAUUGGAAACCUGGACUAUUGAACAUUAUAAUAAACCUGUUAAAACUUCUCUGGCUUGGUGUACUUGUCUGCAUUUGGGUUCUAUCCAGUUAAGUCAUAACAUAUAACUGUUUAAUCUCUGUCUAUAAAAUCAACAGCUGGUCAAUGACCUGAAGAUGGAUCUCUGUAUAGAUCAGGGCCCAGUUCCAUGGAACACACCUAUUGUGUAUGGCUGCCAUUAUUUUGGUCCACAGGUUUGUAGAAUCAUUGCUUAGUAUUUCAGAAUUUAACUGCAUGUAUAAUAUGGUGCAUCCUAUGGCAGACCUGGGAUUCAACCCAUACCACAAUGCAAAGUACUGUCAAUACCACAGACUCAGAAAAGCCUAAAUAUCUAUCCUCUCUGUCCAGAACUGUUAUUAUCGAGCCAGUGGGGAAAUCUACAUUGGAGGCAUCAAGUCUCACAAGUACAACAGUAAUCGCUGUCUGGUGGACACUGGCACUCGAACCCCAGGACUGUAUGAGUGCAAGGUGGCCAAGCAGAAGGGAUUCCACAUGCUCUGGGACUUUCAACAGGUAAGCACUCCAACGUGAAAUAGGGAAGUUGAUGCUUAUAAACUGUUGGAAACAAGGGAGAUGUCUAUGACAUUUUAAGUUUUUUUAUUGUGUUGUUGUACAGUAGAAUGUUUGCUGUGUUUUACAGGGAAAAGCCAUCCUGAACAGACAGACAAAGAGAUGUCUGGAGAUUGCCCCAGGGGACGACACCUACUACCAGCUCAUCAUUCAGGAGUGCAGUGGGCAGCACUGGAAAAUACAGAAUCUGAUAAAAGACUUCUGA